AUGCAGAUCAAGACCCUCAUCGUCGCCCUCUUCGCCGGCAUCGCCAUGGCCCUGCCCACCGACCCGCCCAAGAACGGCGGCGGCGGCGGCGGCAGCACACCCCCACCCACCAACCCGCCGACUACUCCCCCCAGCGGCGGAGAAUACGACGCGUGCGAGGGCAACGGGGUCCUCUUCAGCAGCGCCCAGUGCUGCGCCACCGAUGUCCUCGGUGUUGCCGACCUAGACUGCGCCGUCCCCUCGACUCUUCCCACCUCGGCGAGCAGCUUCACCUCCAUCUGCGCCGCAAAGGGCCAGCGUGCUCGCUGCUGUGUGCUUCCUGUCGCUGGCCAAGCCGUCCUCUGCCAGGCCCCUGUCGGCGCCUAAGCUGGCUGCUCAUGCAUGUCAGGACAACGUUCCGCUGCUGGAUGACUCCUUGAGAGAUGCCAAGGUCUUUUCUUUGACUCGGUUGAGGGAAUCGUUUGCGGGAUGGAGACUCGCCACUUACAAGCCCAGGGGCGGGGACUGGUCCUUUGAUGCUUGA